AUUGCCAGAACCAUUUAUCUAACGCUCUCUCAACUAGACACCAAUAUUAAACUGGUCUAUUGCAGCGCGGACACAAGAGAACUGCGUCCACCCUCGAGAGGUCGAGGUGACCUGGCUGAGAGACGGGCAGGGUCCCCUGGAGGAGGGGGUGUGGAGUGGGGAGGUGCUGCCCAACAUGGACAGGACCUACCAGGUUAGAAAGACCCUGACAGUGAGCCCUGAGGAGCAGGAGAGACACAGAUACACCUGCCAGGUGGACCACGCCAGCCUGGGGGAGAAGAUAGAGAAGGAGUGGGUGCCAGAGACUGGACUGCACCCGGGGCUCAUUGCUGGAGUUGUCGUGGGUGUGUUGGGUCUGAUUGCAGUGAUCGCUGGACUUGUCAUCUGGAAGAAGAGACAAGCAGGUGCCAACCAGCCUGACUACACACCAGCUCACAGAAAGGAUCAGAGUGAGGUGUCAUCCAACUCAUCCAACAGCUCCUAAGGAGUUGCUGUGAUGCUGAAUGCAAAGGAAGUGAAAACACUCUUUUUUGGUUGUAUUGUUCAUUAUAAUUCCUUGAUCUUAACAAACGUAUUCAAUUGGAACUAAUCAAAUGCAAAUUUGCAUAAAAGUAUAAUUAACUUAAUGUUCCUACACAUCGAGUGUGAUUUUAUUGUAUUGAUUUUAAACCCGACACCUCCUUAUGUCGGACAAACACGUCCGGUUUAGCGAGGGGCUACUGUAUGAUUAUGAAAAGCUUUUGAAUAGAAACACAUUUUUUAUUUGGGGGUGAAAGUGGGGACCCCACUGAUGGGAUUAAACUGCCUUUCAUUGUUUAUUCGAAAAAAUGUGGUGCUAUGCUAGAGAUCUCACUAAAUUCUAUACUGCGGAUCUCUUCAUUAACAUAUUUUCUCUUAACACAUACGACAAAAUGUUUACUUUGCGAAUUGUCGCAACGAAAAUGUAAAUUACAGUAUGUUUGCGCUGUGGAGUAGUGGUUGGGGCUCUGGACUCUUGACCGGAGGGUUGUGGAUUCAAUCCCCGGUGGGGGACACUGCUGUUGUACCCUUGAGCAAGGUACUUUACCUAGAUUGCUCCAGUAAAAAAAAAAAAAAAAACUGUAUAAAUGGGAAAUUGUAUGUAAAAAAUUAUGUGAUAUCUGUGUAAUGUAUAAUGUAAUAUCUUGUAACAAUUGUAAGUUGCCCUGGAUAAGGGUGUCUGCUAAGAAAUAAAUAAUAAUAAUCUACCCGAGUGUCUUCUUAAUAAGCAUCUUCCAGCCCUAGAAUUCACUCCAUAGCACAAGAACCGUUAGGUUUCAAAGUGUGGCAAUUGUGUUAUUUUAAAAGGCAUUGGUAUUAUUGUUUAUUUUUCACUAUCUGUGGCAGUGAUCAAAAUAAAUAAAACACAUUGAGAUCAGA